AUGCGACGCUCAGCCCGCAUCCCGCUUCGCCCGGGCGUACUCCCUCGAACACAUAUUCCCAGUAUUGGUGCCCUAGCCCCAAGCGCACAGCGCUCACAAAGGAGGUGGAAUGCCACAGCAACCGGUGCACAUGAUGAGACUUCAUUGCGGCCGAUAGACUCAAUCCUGAUCGCGAACCGAGGUGAGAUUGCCAUCAGAGUGAACAAGACCGCCGCUCUGCAUGGGAUCAAAACGACCACCUUGUAUACAGACCCGGACAAGCAUGCGCAACAUGCAAAGUCCAGCGCCUACAGCUUCAAUCUCGGCCCGACAUCCGCUUACCUGGAUCAGGACAAAAUUCUACGAAUAGCCAAAGAAAAUGGAUGCCAGGCAAUUCACCCUGGUUAUGGGUUUCUCAGCGAGAAUGCGGAUUUCGCGAGGAGAUGCGAGCAGGAAGGCAUCAAGUUUAUUGGACCUCCUGCGAGCGCCAUUGACAGUAUGGGCGACAAGGCCAAGAGCAAGGACAUCAUGGAGAAGGCCAAUGUGGCAUGCGUUCCAGGCUAUCGUGGCUCUGACCAGAGUGUCGAGAAGCUGGAAAGCGAAGCGGAGAAGAUGACAUAUCCCGUGUUGAUCAAAGCAGUCCGAGGCGGUGGAGGCAAGGGUAUGCGUGUAGUCAUGACCAAAGAGGAGUUCCGGGACAAGCUCGACAGCGCCAAGAGCGAGGCUAGGAACAGCUUUGGCAACGACGAAGUUCUGGUUGAGAAGUACAUUGUACGACCAAGGCACGUCGAAGUUCAAGUUUUCGCCGAUCAGCAUGGCAAUGUUGUCGCUCUGGGAGAGCGCGACUGCAGCAUACAGAGGCGCCACCAAAAAAUUCUGGAAGAGAGCCCUGCACCAGGCCUCGAAGAAUCAAAGCGACGCGAGCUUUGGGACAUGGCCUGUCGCGCAGCUGCUGCCGUUGGCUACGAGGGUGCAGGAACGGUCGAGUUCAUCUUUGAUGCCGAUAGCGGGGCUGUCUACUUCAUGGAGAUGAAUACACGUCUACAAGUUGAACAUCCCGUUACCGAGAUGGUGACUGGAGUGGAUCUGGUAGAGUGGCAGGUCAAGGUAGCCCGAGGCGAGAAGCUGCCGCUGAAUCAGGAGGAAGUGGUGGAAAGAAUAGCUCGGCAUGGUCACGCAAUCGAGGCCAGGAUAUAUGCUGAGAACCCUGACAAGGGCUUUGUGCCAGACUCCGGCUGGCUUGAGCAUGUGCGCCUACCAGACCAGGGCGUGGACAUUCGCGUGGACAGUGGCUUCGUACAAGGCGACGAGGUAUCGACCAAUUACGACCCCAUGAUAGCCAAGCUCAUCGUCAGAGGCGCAACAAGGAGGGACGCACUCCGGAAGAUGGCAAGGGCGCUUGAGGACUAUGAAAUUGCUGGACCAGUUACCAAUGUCGACUUCUUGAAACGCAUUGUCAGAUCUACGGAUUUCAUGGAAGGAGAAGUAGAGACGGGUUAUAUCGAAAAGCACAAGCAGGAGCUGUUUCCGCAGCUCACCGUCACCGGCGAAGCAUUGGCGGAAGCAGGGCUUGCUACCUACUUCCAGAACGCCUGGUCGAGACAAGCGUCAAGUGUAGGGUCAUCUCCCUCCUGGCUCCAGACGGAUUCAGACUUCCAGCCUCGAACUUUCAAUUUCCAGCGAGCAGACGCGGAUUCGGGACCGGGCAAGACACCAGAAGUGAUGUCUGUUUCGGUCCAGCAGCUGUCACCCGGCAGUUUCGAGGUCACAAGCAACGACAAAGUCUGGGAGGUAACGGCCACAUGGGAAGCAGCGACAAAGACUCUCACCACAUACUUCCCACACACAAGGCAUACCAGCCGAGUGGUAAUCCCUCCUCCAGAAAGACUGAACCCUACCGUGGGAGCUCCGAUUCACCUGUUUAGCCCCCAAGGGUCCUUCAGACUGAUUCCUGCCCCACCAUCAUGGUUAGCCAAAGCCUUGGGGACGACUGAGAAGGCCAAUUCUCUGCUUUCGCCGAUGCCGGCAAAGAUUCUGAGGGUGCACGUUGCUCCCGGAGACGUGGUCAAGAAGGAUCAAAUACUACUGGUCAUUGAAAGCAUGAAGAUGGAAACCGUCAUUCGCAGUCCUGGGGAAAACUUGACGGUCAAGCGGGUUGUGCACAGUGAAGGUGAAACUGUGGGCAGCGGCGUUGAGCUGGUGGAGUUUGAAGCGCCGGAAGAGGCGUGA